ACUGCUGGUCAGAUGACCAACGGUUCAUCCGUUGGUCACUUUUGAUCUGAGUUCAAGACUAAUUUGCUUGUACAUAGCGCGGUUAACGACAGGUCAGUUGACUAAGCAUUUUAAGCAGUUGGUAGCACUGAAUAUCGUUGAAAAUGGUUGAAAAUGGUUAGAAAGUGAGGUUACAUACACAAUUUGACAGCGUUCAAAACAAACAGCAACGUGGUUCCGUCAUUUCCGUUAUUAUUGUUGUGUUUGCAAGUCGGCAAGUUGAAACCUGAGUGAUAUAUUUAAUAUAAUUUAAAUAUUAUAUUAUUUAUUAUUAGAAAAGAUUUUGUUACGUCGUGUUUGUACUUGCGAAAAUGUGUUCAAUGUCGUCCACAGGAAAGCCCAAAUUAGUACGUUCCAGCAAUUUCAGCACGAAAGAACAACACGUUCUGAUAUCGCUGAUAUCUAAGUAUAAGAAUAUUAUUGAAUGCAAGGAGUCAGACACUAACAGUAACAGGAAAAAAAAUGCAGCGUGGAAAGCUCUAUGUGCUGAAUUUAACAGCAUGUGUGGCGAAACCGCACGUGAUGUAACUGUGCUCAAAAAUAAAUAUAAUAAUUUAAAGAAGAGGGCUAAAGGAAAUUUUGCACAAGAGAGAUCCAAUGCUUUUGGAACUGGUGGGGGCCCGUCAGACCCGUCACCAGUUACUGAGCUGGAUAUUCAAAUUAAGGAAAUUAUAGGUAAGCAAGUGACGGGUGAUGACUCCAUUUUUGAUUCGGAUGCCACGGAUGAUCAUCCGACAAGAGAGAAGAACAUAGAAGUUGUGGGCACUGAAGUUGUGGAUGAAACCAUCACCAACGAAAUCAAUGAUUCUGAUGGGAAAAAUGAGUUAAGUGAUGAAAUCCAGGAAGAAGUGUCCUCAAAUGUAUUAAGGUUACAAACAAAAUGGAAUUCUCCAGGUGUACCAAAGCGAAACAAGACACCACUGCGCACACCACAUGGCAAUUUAAAAAAUAAAUUAAGCCAGUGGUCAGCGCAAAAAACAGAAUGUGCUGUUUUACAGAAAGAAUUUUUACGAGAGGAACAUGAUCAAAAACUUCGCCACAACGAGGAAAGGCAUCAAAUAUAUUUGCAAGAAUGCAAUUUAAGAAUGCAGCACAUGCAGGAAAAACAUGAUUUAGAAUUACAAUUAUUAAAAAAAUCUCUUCAAUAA